UGGGACUCUGCGCAUGUGCAUUGCGUCACUCCGGAACUGCAGCGCGAGGUCAGGCUAAGAGUAGCCGUUAGCUUGUUCAUCAAGCGGAAGACAAUUCAACGUGACGGAGAGCAAAGCGGCGUUAUGGCGACGGGCUGCCUUAGCUUCAUCCCUCUGCUGGUCCUGAGUGCGGCAGUCUCGGCCGUGGAAGUUCAGCGCCCCCGUGGUGUCCCACUGUCAAAAAAACACUUUUACGUGGAGGGGAAACCGUUCACUUGCUUGGAUGGCUCCCGCACGAUCCCCUUUGACAGGGUCAACGACGACUACUGUGACUGUCAGGAUGGUUCGGACGAGCCAGGAACUCCGGCUUGCCCCAACGGCAGCUUCCAUUGCACUAACGCGGGUCAUAGACCGGUCUUUAUCCCGUCGUCCCGCAUCAAUGACGGCGUCUGCGACUGCUGUGAUGCAACUGAUGAAUACAACAGCGGUGCGAGCUGCCCAAACACUUGCAGGGAUUUGGGGCGCAAAGAGAAAGAGAGUCUGCAAAAGCUGGCCGAGAUUGCAAAGGAGGGCUUCCUUCUCAAACAGCAACUCAUUCAGGAGGCCAAGAGGGGUCUGGAGGAAAAGAAGGCCAAAGUAUUAGAACUCGAGGCCAGUAAGAAACAGCUGGAGGAGAAGGUGGAGUCUCUGAGAACCGUGAAGGAAACGGCAGAGGAGCCCGAGAAAGAAGCUAAAGAGCGCCAUCUCAAGGCUUGGGAAGAGGAAAAGGCCGCCGUACGCGCCGAGAAGGACAAGGCUCGCAUGGCUGAAGCGUUUCUCGAACUGGAUGAUGACGGCGAUGGUUUUGUCACCGUGCCUGAACUUCAGGCCCACAGUGAGCUUGAUACAGACUCAGAUGGUACUUUCACUGAAGCAGAGGCUCAGGCCCUUUUGGGGGGCGUGGACCAAGCGGACGCGGCAGCGUUUGAGGCCGUCUGGAAGGACGUCAAAGAUAAAUACAUCUCCGAGGCCCAAGCGCCGGCGGAGACGCCGCCCGAGGAGACGAGGGAACCUCUUUUCGACAAUGACUCUGAACAUUACUCUGAGGGGGAAAUCCCAGAGGAAGAUGAUGAUGAUGAUGACGAUCAGGAGGAGGAGGACGAAGAGGAGGAAGAUGAUGACGAUCCAGAUGAAGCAGACUACAUUAGACCUCCCGCGAUCCAAGAAAAGAAGGAUGACGAGGACGAGGGAACCAUGCCGCCCUACAAUGAAGAAACGCAGAACCUCAUUGAUGCUGCCCAGAAGGCGAGGGAGCAGUUUGAUGAGGCUGAGCGAGCUCUCCGGGAACUGGAUGAUCAGAUGAAGAACCUGGAAAAGGAAACCACCUCAGACUUUGGGUCCAAUGCUGAGUUUGCCUACCUCUACAGCCAGUGCUACGACCUCACUACUAGCGAGUACAUCUACAGGCUCUGCCCGUUCAAUCGAGUAUCCCAGAAACCAAAGCACGGCGGCUCGGAGACCAGCUUAGGGACAUGGGGUCAUUGGGACGGUCCCGAGGGGAACGUCUACGGCGUGAUGAAGUACGAGAAUGGAAUGGGAUGCUGGCAAGGCCCCAACAGAUCUACCACGGUGAAGCUAAAAUGUGGGAAAGAGACUGUGGUGACGUCCACGACGGAACCCAGUCGCUGCGAGUACUUGAUGGAGUUCACCACUCCCGCCCUGUGCCCGGACCCCAGCACUCUGGACCCCAUGCAUCAGCAUACUGAACUUUAAACCCCCUCCAACUUGUUUUUCACCAGGGACCUCGUAGCCACGGCAACAGGAAAUCAGAAGGAGCCACCGCAUUAUUUCAUGAUGUUAAAUAAUAAUAAACAAAAACAAAACAGUGCUUCUACCUGUGUUUGUUGUCUUUGUAAGAAAAAAAAAAAUCAACAUUACCUGUGUAAAAAUGUAUUAGAGUUGUGGUUCAAUUCUUUCUCAUAAGUCUUGUAAUAUUGUCCAUCUCUCUGGGGGGGGGGGGGAAAUGAAGUGAUCGAGGUUCAACUUGAUACGUCAUGGAGACUUUUGUUCAUAAUUAAAUAACAUCUUGUCAUAAUUCAGGAAGCGACUGUGUAAUGUCUUUGUUCAAAUGACAAAAUUGGAAUCACUCAUUUUUAAGUUAAACAAUUUCAAUACUUGUGAACAGUAUAUACUUGAAAUUAAAGUGCAUAAAUUGAACCCAUCCCAUAUACCUGGUGAUAUUUUUUUAAGUAAUUUAUCUGCAACCUGUAAUAUUUUAGUGUAAUAGUUUGUUUUACAUGAAUAUACUGUAGCGUCUUGUCAUAAUUGAAAAAAGAAAUGACAGUAUGUUUGUCCAGACAACAAAAUGGGGCCCACUCAUAUUUGUAACUUUUAUUUUUUUUCUGGCAUUUAAAGUACAAAUAAUUAAACAAUUCCAUGAAAAAGUCUUCAAGCGUCUUCAGCUGAAAUUCCAGUAGUAAAUAUUCUAAACUAAACUGAAAGGUUUUACUUGUAUUUUUUUUUUUGUUUUGUUUGUUUCUCAUUGCUCGUUUGGUCAUGUCUGGAAGUAUGUAUGAGUGUUUGUAUUCCACUACUUUUUGAUCGUUUUCACAAUUUUUUUUUUGUUCUACCGUUCCAGGAAAAAUGUAAGAAAAAACAUCACUAAUAAUAAUAUACUGCGUCCCCCUCUAAAUAAAUAAAUAGACACAAAAUACAGUUGGUUGAGAAACAGAAGAACCACUCGCCGCCCCCCUUCCCGCUUUCAAACAAGACCUUCAUGCUGUUUGUCGUUCGUCUAAAACUAUCCAAGCUCUUGACUCGCUUCCCUGCUCAUCUUUUGGCCCAAAACAAAAACAUUCUGCUUGCACAAAUUGACGUAGCAGCUUUUACCAAAUCCUCCCUAAUGUCCGCAUUUUCAAGAAGCGUGAACAGGAAAGCAUCUUGUGAGGGACAGCCCCGCCCCCAUCUUCUGGAUCAAUGCCCAAAGUGAAAUGAGAGUGUUUUGGGGGGGUCCCAUGUCUCAGGGGGCUGGCUGAGCGGUUGGGGGGGGGGGGGAUAAAAACAA